GCCCGUGGGCUGAAAAAGCCCAAAAGUGAAAAAGGAUGGUCUUUGUUUGUAUGGUCCAAUACCAAAACCAGAUCCGGUUUUCUAAUCCGAUCCGACGGCCGAAACAUUCGUCAUAUGAUUUCGUACCGGCGAAUCUCGCCGCCGUUAAACCUCUCAGACUUGUAUUCGCCGGUGGACAUCCAAGGAGUCAAGUCUCCUCCUCCCAUGGUGGUUUCUCCCUCCAAUGCCCAUCAGUAACCCUCAGAAACGGCCCAUCUGUGUCGCGCGAUCGUUUCUCAGCAGCCACGCCGCCAAGGAAGAGCUCUCUCAAGCGGUGUCUCGUCUCGAGUCCCUCACGAAGCAAGGGAUUCGCUUACCCUUCCAAGUCCUCGCCUCUCUCCUCCAGCGCUGCGGAGACACGAGGUCCUUGAGACAAGGCAAAUGGAUUCAUCGCCACUUGAAGAUCACCGGAUUCAAGACCACCCCCAACACGCUUUUAUCCAAUCAUCUGAUCGGAAUGUACAUGAAAUGCGGUAAACCCGUAGACGCACGCAAAGUGUUCGACAAAAUGCAUUUCAGAAACUUGUACUCGUGGAACAAUAUGAUCUCCGGGUACGUUAAAUCGGGGAUGUUGACUCGUGCGCGGGUGGUGUUCGACGGUAUGCCUGAGAGGGAUGUCGUCUCGUGGAACACGAUGGUGAUUGGUUACGCUCAGAGUGGGAAUCUGAACGAGGCUCUGUGGUUUUAUAGAGAGCUGAGGAGAUCUGGGAUCAAGUUCAACGAGUUCAGCUUCGCGGGGGUUUUGACUGCUUGUGUGAAAUCGAGGGAGCUCGGGCUUAACAGGCAAGCUCACGGGCAGGUUCUUGUUGCUGGGUUUUUAUCAAAUGUGGUGCUUUCGUGUUCUAUCAUCGAUGCUUAUGCUAAAUGUGGUCAGAUGGAGAGCGCUAGGAGACGUUUCGAUGAGAUGGUAGUGAAGGAUAAUUAUAUUUGGACUACUCUCAUCUCCGGAUAUGCCAAACUAGGUGAUAUGGAAUCAGCUAACGAGUUAUUCACGAAAAUGCCAGAGAAAAAUCCUGUUUCUUGGACAGCAUUAAUUGCUGGAUAUGUUAGACAAGGCUCAGGGGACCACGCGCUCGACUUGUUUAGAAAAAUGAUUGCUUUGAGGGUUAAACCAGAGCAGUUUACUUUCAGCAGCUGUCUCUGCGCCUCUGCGUCUCUUAGACACGGGAAGCAGAUUCAUGGGUACAUGAUCCGUACGAAUGUUGUACCCAAUGCGAUUGUUGUCAGUUCUUUGAUCGAUAUGUACUCCAGAUCAGGGAGUUUAGAGUCCAGCGAGCGAGUUUUCAAUCUUUACGGUGAUGACAAGCGAGACUGUGUCCUGUGGAACACGAUGAUCUCUGCGUUAGCGCAUCACGGGCUUGGCCACAAGGCCUUGCGCAUGGUUGAUGAGAUGAUCAAGAUCGGAGUUAAUCCGAACCGGACGACUCUGGUUGUGAUUCUCAGUGCCUGCAGUCACUCAGGUCUGGUGGAGGAAGGAGUCAGGUGGUUUGAUUCAAUGACUGUUGAUUACGGGAUCGUUCCCGACCAAGAGCAUUACGCUUGUCUGAUAGAUCUCCUAGGUCGUGCCGGUUGUUUUAAAGAGUUGAUGAGCAGGAUGGAGAAAAUGCCUUUUAAACCGGAGGAGCAUAUAUGGAAUGCGAUCCUUGGGGUAUCCAGGAUCCAUGGGAAUGUAGAAUUGGGAAAGAGAGCAGCGGAAGAGCUGAUCAGACUGGACCCUGAGUCGUCUGCGCCAUACGUAUUACUGUCCAGCAUUCACGCAGAUCAGGGAAACUGGGAACCAGUAGAGAAGCUGAGAGGGAUUAUGAAGAAGAGAAGGGUGAACAAAGAGAAAGCUCGUAGUUGGAUUGGAAUCGGGGAGAAAGUUGAAACUUUCACAGUCUCAGACGGGUGGCAUCAUCCUCGUAAAGAAGAGAUCUACUCUGUUCUGCACAAUCUGGCUGCUCUAAUGGAAAAAGAAGAGGCUUCAAGAACAUGAUCCACUCUAACAAGAAGGGAGGAUUGUACACUGUUAAAGCCUGCAAAAGCAGGGGAGUUAUACGUGUUGUGAUGAUUUGAUUUUUAGCUUCAAAAGUUUUGCAGUUUGAUUCGUAUUGGCUGAGUUAUUACAAAAGAAUGGAGAUGUCAGGUGAGCAAGAAAUGAGACUAAAUAAAAGACGACCAAUAACCCGGUUUUGUCUAAGCGACCAAUACUUGUGAUGUCUUCAUGGACCAAUGUGUUAUGCAAUUUACAAACCGGAGAUUCUCUGGUCCAUGCGAUUGCUUGCGAGUAUCAUCCUAUUAAAGUGAAUUCCAGCCCAACCAUGAAACUUCUUCCCCCAAAACCAAAUGUGAACCACAAUACGGGUCUUUUAGCUUUCCAACAAGCCUACAACCAGAAGAAAUGUCCAUGGAAAUUUCAUGUUAUGAACCAUUUCCCAAAACCGAUCAAAUCAUCUCUCAACUUGCCUUAUUCGGAAGUUCAUGAGUUCAAACAAUUCCAAAUCAGAUCAUGGCGACCAGGAGAGAUAUCUAAGAAUAUAGAAGACACAUCUAAACAUUUAGGAGGGUCAGACACCAUCCUACCAUGAACCAGCAACUGUGGGAUUAAAAGGAUCUUCACAUUUGUAAACUUGCCGUUUUUUGAAAGCAUUCACAUUUGCAAGGUCUGAAGACCAAAACUUCAUCACUUCCACCACAGCCUUCUGAUGAACAUGGACGUCCUAAGAUAUCAUGAAUUCAUGCCCAAGCUUUCCAAAUUCAAUCAAAUCAUCAAGUUCCCCUAUUUUGGCCAAAAUUCUAUUAUUCUCUUUGACGACUAGUUUUUCAUUUCCUAUGAUUUUUUUUUUCUUCUUGAGUUAGACCAUUGUAUCUGAGCAUAUAAUCUCUUAUAGUCAUCAUGUAAUAUUCACCUUUCAAUCAAGCAAAAUAAAUAUAAGUUGUUUCCGUUUUUAUCAAAGGGUGUUCCUGUGAUUAAUUAGUGAUUCAUAGGUUUUUGUGUGAUUCAGCAGCCACUGAACAUGACAGAUUGAGAGAGUCAAUCAACCCACCAGAUUGAGUGGCCAAUCCUUAUCCAUUGACCUUCUUAAAGAGUGUCGUACGCAAGUUGAGAUUGUCCCAAUCAUCCAUCGACCAUCCAUCAUUAUCCUCGACCAUUCCAUAUUAUCUCUUGACCUUUCUCUAUUUUAGUAGUCUUUAUCGUCAUCUCAUUUGUAUUCUCUCUGUUUUCAGGUUCUCGUUCAGUUCACCAAGACACCCAUCCAACCACCUAUCGACCACCUUCGUUCGUCUGACCACCAACCUCCAUCGACCCGAGCUUUAUGUCAUGCAUCACUUCCAAGAGAGAAAGUGAACUCAAAAUAACUACACCCACGUGCAAAGAAACACAUACUUCCAUGAUCGGUAUGUUUCUUGCUUUUGAAGCAACUAUUUUCUUGCUUCUAAAGUAUGUGUUUUAGUUCUCCUUUGUAAUUAGAUCUGCUAACAUUUUUUGUUGGAACUAACAGUUACGCGCUGCGAACAUCACCACAGUGGCUAGGACUGCAAAUCAAGGUGAUUAGAACCACGACUAAAAUGAUUGAGGGAGAGACAAACAGUGUCAAUGGAUACGCUUUGAUAAAUGUAUCACGGAACAAAGCUAUCCACGGUGGGACCUUCCAAAGGACACCGAUAGGUGUGUCCAUGAACACCAUUCGUCUAGCCCGCGCGCGGUUUGAUCAUGAAACUAAUGUGUAACAUUCCGAAUUGUGAUAUAUGGAAAUGCUUAAGAGAAUUGAUUUGGUUAUCUAUGUCACCAAAAUUGACUUACCUUUUCCGCCACACAUCUGUUUAAAACUCCAAAAUUAAAUGUGCUUGAGCUGAAGUAGUGGAAGGAUGGAUGACAUAUAGGGAAGUGAUUCGCAAUACCGUGUGAGUGAGGCCAAAGCACGAAGAAAGGUUAUGUGGUGAUUGUAGGGUCAGUAAACAAUGAUUUCGAGCUUUGAAUAAAUUAAUGUACCGACCGUUGGAACGGGAUGGGGCCCACGGCCGAAAAAGCGGGCGUGGGUGGCCCAUUAGCCGUGGACGGGUCGGGCGUUAUAAGUGGUAUCAGAGCUGGUUAGCCAUCUCGGUUCUGACCCGAGAGGCAUCUUGAGACCUGUCGUGGGGCGCAACGAGGACGUUGCGUUCUUUGAGAGGGGUGAAUUGUAACAUCCCGAGUUGUGAUAUAUGGAAAGGCUUAAGAGAAUUGAUUUGACUAUCUAUGUCACCAAAGUUCACUUAGCUUUUUCAUCACAUAUCCGUUUAGAACUCUAGAGUUAAGCGUGCUUGAGCUGGAAUAGUGGAACGAUGGGUGACCUAUCGGAAAGUGAUUCGCGAUACCAUGUAAGUGAGGCAAAGCACGGGGAAAGGUCAUGUGGUAAUUGCAGGGUCAGUAAACAAUGAUUUCGAGCUUCCGAAAAAUUAAUGCACCGACCGUUGGAACAGGAUGAGGUCCACAGACCGAGAGAGCGGGCGUGGAUGGCCCAUUAGCCGUGGGCGGGUCGGAGCGUUAUAUAAUGUUUGCGAAAUUCAAAAAACUCGUCAAUACUUUCUACAACAACGGCUUGCCUUCUAAUUUAUCCGGUGGGAGAAACCCUAGUCUUGAUUACGGGUUAAAAGGUGCAGAAGUCGCCAUGGCUAGCUUCUUAGUGUUCUGAGCUUAAGUUCUUAGCUAAUCAUGUGACAAAUCAUGUUGAAAACGCUUAUCAAUACAAACAAAAUGUUUAACUCUCUUGGACUAAUAUUUAUCUGCAAGACUGCAGAAGCUGUAAUAUUCUCACAUUUAGUAAACUACUUAUUUGGUAGCUUUGUGCCAAGCCUUCGAUUUAAGACAUCUUGAAUAAAAUAUCAAGAAAACAGUUAAGGCGGUUGUGGACCAAACCGCUAAACGUGUACAUUCUGUCGACGAACGAUUCCUCAAACAAAACAUCCUCCAAGUUUUCGAUUAGGAAUACUUCUUUUCCUGUGUGACCCAAACAGCCUCGUUAACGUAUUAAUAAUAUGCUAAGCUCACACUUAAAAAUUAAUUCAAAGUGGAGAAUUGCCACGUCACACAUAGCAUCUCCAUCUCCAUUCCAUAUUUUAUUCCAACAAUAAAAUAGAAAACAGAAUAAAUGAACAAAACAUAAAAGUAUUAUUUAUUUCAUUUUGGAGUAACUCUAACUGGUAACAUUAAAGGAAUAUGAUGAAUAAAAAGAAAAAGAAUGAAAGAA